AGCCAGCUCUCAGCUGUUAGAGAUCAUUCAGUCUGCAGCAGAGGCACAAGCAGGAUCUCUCUCUGUUUGCUUUAUCGGCUGCCGCAGCACUGGUCCAAGCCUCGAUAUUUAAGGGACAUAAAAGGGCUUUCCGUUUCUACGUAGAUGUAAUAACUGCCAGACAAGGAGUUGAAAAGGAAUCUUAGUUUUUUAUUCUGUUUCUCUUCAAUUUCCUCCUUCCUGUCCUUUGUUUUCGACCAGCAGAACCCCUGACAGGACCGACGAAUCAGAUCUUCAUAACAACGGCUUGUGAAGACAUUGUGGGAACAACUUUCAAAAUCCUGCAAUCUUGCAAGAUACCAGGACUAGUCUUCUGCGGAUCUGCAGUGUGUGAGUGAGUGUGCGUGUCCCUGCCAGAUAGGCCCCCCCCCCGCAUUGUGUGUGCGUGCGUGAGGAGGCUAAUGCCCGCGGUAGUGUGGUCAGGGCCAGAGGAGGAUGAGUCCGGCUGUGGAGGCUCAGGCCCAGGAGGCCAUGAAUGCAGAGCAAAAGCAAAAGCAGCAGCAGAACCAGCUGCAGCACCAGCUACAGCACCAACAGUGCUACAUGGAGAAAGGGGUGAUGCUUGAGCCCUUCGUGCACCAGGUGGGGGGACAUUCCUGCGUCCUGCGCUUCGGGGAGCAGACCAUCUGCAAGCCCCUCAUCCCCCGUGAGCAUCAGUUCUACAAGAGUCUGCCUGCUGCAAUGAGGAAGUUUACCCCCCAGUAUAGAGGUGUGGUGUCAGUGAGCUUCGAGGAGGAUGAAGAAGGGAACCUUUGCCUCAUCGCCUACCCACUCCAUAGUGACCCAGCUGCAGAUCUGGAGAACAAGGACCCCUCCGCCGACUGCGAGCCCAAGAGCAAGAUGCUCAAGUGGGGCAAAAUGGUGGCAUCCUCACUGCUUGUGGACAGCGAAAAUUACAGCAAAGAUGGCCGGAGCCGCCACUCUCGCAAAGACAAGGACAAGAGUGGUCACACGCUGCAGGAGGAUGUGGAGUUGGAGUGGCUGCAGCAGGCCGAGGUGCUCUACUACAGAUUGGAGCGCAGUCACAGUAAAGCUGUGCCGCAGCUCAAACACAACCCUUGGAGUCUCAAGUGUCACCAGCAACACCUGCAACGAAUGAAGGAGAAUGCCAAGCACCGCAACCAAUACAAAUUCAUCCUGCUAGAGAACCUGACAUGGCAGCACACAGUGCCAUGUGUGUUGGACCUGAAGAUGGGCACACGACAGCAUGGAGAUGAUGCCUCGGAGGAGAAGAAGGCGGUGCAGAUCCGCAAGUGCCAGCAGAGCACGUCAGCCUCAAUAGGAGUCCGCCUGUGUGGCAUGCAGGUGUACCAGUCGGACACAGGUCAGCUGAUGUUCAUGAACAAGUAUCAUGGCCGCAAGUUGACCUUGCCAGGCUUCAAAGAGGCUUUGUUCCAGUUCUUUUACAGCGGACAGCAUCUACGACAUGAACUCCUGUCCCCUGUGCUCCGCAGGCUCAGAGACAUGCAAGCUGCCCUGGAAGCCUGCGAAUCCUACCGCUUCUACUCCAGUUCCCUCCUCAUCAUCUAUGAUGGCGCGCCCCACCGUAAACACACACGGCGACGCACUGAGGAAGGACUCUCUGAAGAAGAAGAGGAUGAGGAGGAGGAGGAUUACGAGGAAGUGGAGACUGAAUUGGAAAUGGAGGAGGAGGAGGAGGAAGAGGAGGAAGAUGUGGGUGAAGUAGCUGGUGCACUUGGUUUCCCUCACAGCCCCUCCGCAUCUAGCGACGUCAGCAGCAGCUGCUCCAGCAGCAGCAGUAGCAGCGGCAGCGGGAGCUCAGGUGUCAGCCAGGCUCACCUGGCCCACUCAGACCCCCACAGCCCCGUGGUGGAUGUGAGGAUGAUAGACUUUGCUCACACCACCUGCAGACAUUACCGGGAGGACAGCGUGGUUCACGAGGGCCAGGACAGCGGCUAUAUCUUUGGUCUCCAGAACCUGAUCACCAUCAUCUCCGAGCUGGAGAACCACAGCACAGACUGAAGACUGACAGGACACUCUCACAUACACACACACACACACACACACACAGACACACACACACACACACACACACACACACACACACACACACACACACACACACACACACACACACACACACACACACACAUUCGGACACAGAGGCACAAUAACAAACUCUCUGAACUGUGGAAGAAAAGAGGAGGACUGGACUACAGAAGAGAACAGAGAUUUCUGCUCUCCUAGCUGGCCUUUCAUUGGACCCCUUUUUUCUCUUUCUGCCAUUGGUGCUUCUCGAUGUUCCUGUUGUGUGUAUCUGUCUUCGGGAUAUUAAACAGACCUGCAAGUAACAUAGAAUAGCCAUCUGUGUGACUGAUGCAGCUAUUUACCCUUUGUCAUCAUUCUGUUUUAACCCACUUUACUGUUAGGGAAAAGGGUAGGCAGCAAAUAAAAGCAGUUUGAAGUCUGAGACAGUAGAAAUGUUUUCCUUGUGUCCGAUUCCAAAGAAAGUGUCAGCAUUUUGCACACAAAUACAUGCACUUAAACACAUUCUGCUGAAUGAGUGUGUGUUUAGACUGAGACAGGGCUAUUGGAGAGAGCAGGAGUGUAUGUGUACAAGGACAGAGUCGAUGGGAAGAAAGGCAGCGAGCUCGAACCCUCCAUUCUUCUCUUUAGCCUGUUCAUUCUACCAUCCUUCUUUCCCUGUUCACCUUCAAAGAGAAUAUAUUCAUAUAGGCAUCAGAGACAGAUGAUAUAGAGUUAUUUAUUUAUUUGACAUGUUUCAUAAAAUAAACUAAAAGUUCAAAAAAGAAUGUGAAUGAAGAGUACUACAUUCCAUGUUAUUAAUGUUACAAUAAUGAUAUUACCUAAUAUUGUUAUUUGACAUGUUUGGAUACCUCUAUCUUGUAUAUCUGUGUUGUCCAAGAGUUUGUUGGAAGAGAAAAUUAAAGACUUUGGUUUGUGCUAA